UCAUAAAUUUGAAAAAAUAGAAAUAAAUAAUUUUGCUACAUUGCGUUUCUUUCUAUCUCAUCUGCAUCCUCGUUGCUACUUGCUCGAAGAACUUCUUCGAGGACAAGUUUCUUCUCCAUGGAUGCAUCUCGUUUCGAUAUCUUCGACAUUUACCGAAGAUUCUGUGAAAUAAAAUCAGGACAUGCAUUUGUUGUUGGUGAAGAAGGGUAUAGACAAGAUAGUGACUUUCAGAAGGCUAAGGUCACAAGGGAGGCAUUGACACAACUCUCAAAGUUGGUGGAAUCUAGAGUUAGUACAGGGGCAACAAUUUUUGAUGAACUUUCAAUGCUCAUGUCACGGCUGGGUUUGAUGGCAACCUUUUCAGAGUUCUCUCGGUUCUAUGAAUUUGUUUUCUUCAUGUGUCGCGAAAAUGGGCAAAAAAACAUCCCUGUAAGCAAGGCAUUAACUGCUUGGAAAUUAGUUCUUAAUGGGCGGUUUCCACUGCUUCAACCAUGGUGCGACUUUGUCGAGAAAAAUCAACGACACAACAUAUCUGAGGAUACAUGGCAACAGGUUCUGUCUUUCAGCUUGUGUACGCGUGAUAAUCUAGAUGCAUAUGAUCCUGAAGGUGCUUGGCCUGUUUUAAUAGAUGAUUUUGUCGAGCAUAUGUACAGGUUACCGGGAUCAUAUUAUGGUAAUUCCAACUUCCAUUGCAACUGUGGUGAUCCCGAAUCUCUGUCAACUCCUGGACUGAAAAGUUUUGCUGGUAUAAAGAGGAAGUUAGCUGAUGAAGCAAGAAAUGAUGACAUGGAGUACUCCUAUAUAUCUGAGGACAUGAAUGCUUCAAACUGUAAAAAAAGUAGAGCAUAUGGUGUAGCAGAUUUGGAGGACAAUCUACUAGGGAAUGCACCUGAAGAAUGUAUGGAAACUAGUAGACAAAGUAGCCCUUUGUGUUCAUCCAAGUCCCAAUGUGCAGUUGAAGGUUGUCUAUCUAAGGGAUUUGCAGGACUACUCUCAACUAGUUCUUAUAUGCAAUUUGGUAGAGAGAGGAGAGCUUCCUUAAGAUGAAGACCCUAUAUAGUUAAAGUACAUACAAAUUGCUUUUGCUAGUCGGAUGUAUUUUAUUUUAUAUGAGCAAUGACUAUAUAACUGCACUUUCUCAUUAUUUCUGAUAGCUGACUUUUACUUUUUUCCCCCCUUCUUUUUCUUUUGUGAUUAGAGUAUAUACAAAUUGCUUUUGUAAGCUGUUGUAUUUUAUUUUGUAUGAGCAAUAAUUAUGUAAUUGAACUCAUUAUUUCUGGUAGUUGAAUAUUUUGUUUUUCUUUUCA